AAACCGUCACAGCACAUACACACGUCACGUGACGCGCUGCAUCACUUCUCGCCAGUUCUUCACAUUUCCGCAUCUGCCUCUAGUUGUUCACUUGCUAACUUUAGCCAUGUUUCCCUCAGUUGCACUUGUUUGACAUUUCAUGCAGCAGCCUCUCGUCGUGUGUGACAGUCGGACGGACUGCUGUGCUACAUGUUGGUUUUCCUGACUGCCGAACAGCGUCACGUUUCUUUCAGAAACAAACCGAAGAAGCAAGCUAGCCUCUCGUAGGUAGCUAACAGCUGUCAAGCUUUCAGAGAAUAACGUCGCUGUGAGGCAACCAAGCAGGCUCAAAGCUUCUAUGAGCUACGCCUGUUUUCCCCGAUCAGAGGAUGUAUCCGCCUGCCAGAAAGGACUUCAUCUCUCUGACACUCAGUGAUCCGCACAAUCACAACUACAACAACGCCAAACACCGGAGACAGUCCUGCUGGAGGAAAUGGAAGCAGCUGUCUCGACUCCAGCGAAGCCUCAUCCUGUUGCUGCUGGCUCUGCUGCUCAUAUUUGGACUGCUCUCCUAUCCCAGCAUCACAGAGGAGUGGAGAGGUUUUUCUGACAGGGAAGAGUGGCUGGAGCUGAAUGACAGAGAGGUGAAGGAUAUUCUCCCAGGUGUGAUGUCUGUAUUAGAUCAAACUGCAGGUAAAGCUCCGCCUCCUGUGGCUGGGCCAGCUGUGGGGCCAGCUGUGGGGCCAGCUGUGGGGCCAGCUGUGGAUCCAGCUGUGGAUCCAGCUGUGGAUCCAGAAGCAGACCGCGCACAUGCUGUGGUAGAGCCCAGAGGACCAAACGUCCCCAUUUUGGCUAAACCUCCCACCAAGAUUAAGACAUUCCCACACAAGAGAGGUCCACCGAGCCUGCAGAAAGAUGGAAAUAUUUCAGGCACAGUCGGUGGGAAAAAGCAAGUGCAGCAGGUGGUUCAAGUUGAGCAAAGAGAGGAAGACAAGGAGAAGAAGAUUGUCAGCUGGAGAGGAGCAAUGAUCGAAGCCGACCAGGCCACAGAGCCUCCACCGUCAGCAAGGAGAGACGCUGCGGCGCCCCCAGCCCCAGCCGACCAUGCUGACACUAUCCCUUUGGAAGUUUCAACUGGAACUGUGGACAGACUGGAGGCAGUGCGUGACGCCUUCAGACAUGCGUGGAAAGGCUAUAAGGACUACGCCUGGGGUCACGAUGAGCUCAAGCCCAUCUCCAGGUCUUUUGGCGAGUGGUUCGGACUGGGUUUGACGAUCAUUGAUUCUUUGGACACAAUGUGGAUUUUGGGACUAAAAGAAGAGUUUGCAGAAGCAAGGGACUGGGUAGAGAAAGAGCUCUCCUUCGACAAGAACGUGGAUGUGAAUCUUUUUGAGACAACCAUCCGUGUCCUCGGGGGCCUAUUGAGUACUUACAAUCUAACAGGAGAUCAACUCUUCCUAGAGAAAGCUAAAGAUAUCGGGUCCAGGUUGAUGCCUGCCUUCAAUACUCCCUCAAAGAUCCCGUUCUCAGACGUCAACAUCGGAAAGGGAACGGCCCACCCCCCUCGAUGGACGUCAGACAGCACACUAGCCGAGGUCACGAGCAUUCAGCUGGAAUUCAGAGAGCUGAGCCGCCUCACCCAGGACCCACAGUACCAGAAUGUUGUGAAUGAGGUAAUGAAGCUGGUCCACAAGCUGCCGGGCAAACACGACGGCCUGGUGCCCAUGUUCAUCAACACCAACAGCGGCCAGUUCACCCACAAAGGAGUCUUCACACUUGGUGCCAGAGCAGACAGCUACUAUGAAUACCUGCUCAAACAGUGGAUCCAGGGAGGCAAGACGGAAGACGACCUGUUGGAGGACUACCUUCAGGCCGUGGAAGGAGUGAGAAAACACCUUGUGAGACAGACUGGGCCCAGCAGAUUGACCUUUGUUGGAGAGUUGUCCCAUAGCCGCUUCAACCCUAAAAUGGACCACCUUGUGUGCUUCCUGCCAGGAACCUUGGCACUGGGGGCCCACAACGGCCUCCCAGGGGACCACAUGGAUCUGGCCGUGCAGCUAAUGGAGACGUGUCACCAGAUGUACAAACAGAUGGAGACGGGGCUGAGCCCAGAGAUUGUACACUUCAACCUGCAGGCCAGUGAUGGGCAUGAUGUUUUUGUCAAGCCUGCAGACAGACACAACCUGCUGAGACCAGAAACGGUGGAAAGUCUGUUCUACAUGUACAGAUUCACUAAGGACACCAAGUACAGAGACUGGGGAUGGGACAUACUGCUCAGCUUCAAUAACUACACUAAGGUCCCCGGUGGUGGCUACACGUCCAUUAACAACGUCCGUGACCUCGAAAACCCCGGACCCCGGGACAAGAUGGAGAGUUUCUUCCUGGGUGAGACGCUGAAGUACUUGUAUCUGCUCUUCUCUGACGACAUGGAGCUGCUCAGUCUAGACAAGUAUGUCUUUAACACGGAGGCCCAUGCUUUUCCCAUAUGGCCCUCCCCACCCAAGUGAUGUCACCAUACUGGAGAGGUCUGUUCAGAUCCAGCUCACAGAGUCCUCUAGGAGUCAAAGACUUUGCCGCUCUGUCAGGUAACCAUCCAGGCUGGACUGCUGUGUUGAGCAGUAAAGGAGACCUGGCUCGUCCACCUGU